UUCUCUUUAUCCUUUCACUUGCACUUGCACUUGCACUUGCACUAGCUCAUUCAUGGCAGAGACAAGGGUCACUGUGAAUGAACCCAAAGAGGCAGACAAUGAAAACAAGUAUGUUCAAAGAGCUCAAUGGCUCCGGGCAGCGGUGUUGGGAGCUAACGACGGGCUCGUGUCGACGGCAUCACUGAUGAUGGGAGUAGGAGCAGUGAAGCAUGAUGCGAAAGCGAUGAUGAUCUCCGGCUUUGCCGGGCUGGUGGGUGGAGCAUUUAGCAUGGCCAUAGGUGAGUUUGUGUCAGUAUAUUCACAGUUGGAUAUUGAAUUGGCGAAUUUGAAGAGAGUGCAAGGGAUGAUAAGGGAGGAAGAGGAGAUGGAGAGAAGAGAUGAGGAAGUAGUAGUGUUGCCGAAUCCGGUACAGGCAGCGGUGGCGUCGGCGGUGUCGUUUGGAGUUGGGGCGAUGGUGCCAUUGAUUGGAGCUGGGUUUAUAAGAAGGAAUGAGGUGAGGAUGGUGGUGGUGGUGGUGGUGGUCACGGUGGCGUUGCUGGUGUUUGGAACGGUUGGGGCAGUGCUUGGACGUGGGCCGGUGGUGAAGGGUGGGUUGAGGGUGUUGAUUGGAGGGUGGCUGGCCAUGGCUGCUACCUUUGGAUUGAUGAAGCUCUUUGGAACUGCAGGGCUUUGAUGUUUCUUUUCUUUUCUUUGUUUGUUGGUUAUUUAUCUUGGUGUUGUUAUUUUGGUUGUGGAAGUUGAUGGGGGUGUGUGUUUGUUUGGUUUGUGUUUUGUUGUUUUUGGGAGAUAAUAAGGAAUGAUGGGAUGGUAU